AUGCAGGAGACCAAGAUCUACAUCCCUUCCAAUCUGGGAGGGCUGGAGGCGGCCCGCAGCUACCAGCUCGAGGUGGAGGAGGUGUUCGAGAAUCUCCACACGACCGAGCAGGGCCUGUCGAGCCAGGAUGCCUUCGCGCGAGCGCAGAAGAAUGGGAGGAACGUGCUCGAACAUCCCGAGGAGGAAUCGCUGCUGAUGAAGUUCAUUGGCCAGUUCAAGGAGCCUCUUAUCGUGCUCCUACUCUGCUCAGCGCUCAUCUCCCUCCUUCUGGGAGAGCUCGCUGACGCCAUCGGCAUCUUCCUCGCGGUGCUGAUCGUCAAUCUUGUUGGCUUCAUUCAAGAGUAUAAGUCAGAGAAGAGCGUGGAGGCCCUCAAAUCCCUCGUCGCACAUCGGUGUCACGUCGUGCGAGACGGCAAGGCCCAACAGAUCGAUGCCGAGGAUCUCGUCGCAGGCGACGUCGUGCUGCUCGAGGUGGGCGACCGAGUACCCGCUGAUCUGCGACUCUCCGACGCUAUCAGCCUUCAGAUCGACGAGUCUAUCCUCACCGGCGAGCCCGAGCCGUCGCACAAGUUCCACAUGAAGAUUGACUCGGACGUCGGCCAGGUGGCCGUCGCUGACCGCAAGAACAUGGCCCACAUGGGUACGAGCGUCGUCAACGGCCGCGGCAAGGGCGUCGUGGUGGCCACCGGCACCGAUACCGAGCUGGGCCACAUCUGGGAGAUGGUCACCUCCAUGGCCGAGCAGCGCACGCCGCUUCAAGAGAAGAUGGACCAGCUGGGCAAGCAGCUCUCGCUUCUCGCCUUUGGCAUCGUCGGCACCAUCUUCCUCCUGGGCGCGCUGCAGGGCAAGCCACUGCUGCAGAUGUUCACCAUCGGCGUGAGUCUCGCCGUGGCCGCCAUCCCCGAGGGUCUCCCCAUCGUGGUCACUGUCACCCUGGCCCUGGGCGUCACGCGCAUGGCCAAGCGCCACGCCAUCGUACGCAAGCUGCCCGCCGUGGAGGCCCUCGGCGCCACCACCGUGAUCUGCAGCGACAAAACCGGCACGCUGACGAAGAACGAGAUGACCGUCCGCUCCAUCUUCACCACGGACUUGAUCGAGGUGACUGGCGACGGCUAUGGCGUACGCGGCGACUUCUUCCGCAGGGGCAUCAAGCUCGAGCCCAAGGAGGACCCUCACCUGCAAGAGCUUCUCAAGACCGCUCUUCUCUGCAACAACGCACAGAUCUCGGCCACCGAGGGAAGAGUGCUCGGACAGCCCACCGAGGCCGCGCUGUUGGUCGCUGCUGCCAAGGGCGGCGUCGAAGACCUCCGCCACCACUUCGCGCGCCUGGGAGAGGUUCCCUUCUCGCCGACCACCAAGUGGAUGUCGGUCCAGUACGAAACCGGCCAGCAGCAGCCGGUCUACCACGUCAAGGGCGCCGUCGACCGAAUUCUGGAGCGAUGCAACACGACCUGCAACGACCGUGGCGCAAUUAUCGAUCUCUCGUCGCAGAAGAGGAAGAUCAUUCUCGAGGCUGCCGAGGAGAUGGGCAACCGCGCCAUGCGCGUGAUCGCCCUCGCCAGCGGAACGAAUCUGGGUGCCCUCACUUUCUUGGGCGUCGUCGGCAUCGUGGAUCCUCCCCGAGAGGAAGCCAAGGAGGCGAUCGCCGAAGUGCGCAGAGGCGGCGUCAAGGUGGUGAUGAUCACCGGUGAUGCGAAGGAGACGGCGAUCGCGAUCGCCAGGGAGCUCGACAUCUUCGACGGGGGCAGCGUGGCCCUUUCCUACAACGACGUCCAGGAGAUGUCCGAGGAGCAGCUCGCCGCGCAGAUUGACGACGUCACCGUGUUCUACCGGAUGGCGCCCGAGCACAAGAUGAAGAUCAUUGAAGCCUACAAGAAGCGUGGUCACAUUGUGGCCAUGACCGGCGAUGGUGUCAACGAUGCGCCCGCGCUCAAGUUGGCCGACAUAGGUGUGGCCAUGGGACGCACCGGCACGGAUGUGAGCAAGGAGGCAUCGGAGAUGAUCCUCGUCGACGACAACUUCGCCACGAUCGUCGCGGCCAUUGAGGAGGGCAAGUCGAUCUACAACAACAUCAAGAACUUCCUCCGGUUCCAGCUGACGACCAGCAUUGCCACGCUUUCCAUGGUGGCGUCGUCCACCCUGUUCGGCCUUCCCCUGCCCCUGACUCCCAUCCAGAUCCUGUGGAUCAACAUCAUCAUGGACGGUCCUCCUGCCCAGAGCUUGGGUGUGGAGCCGCUCGACAAGGACGUUAUGAAGAAGCCUCCGCGUGAUCCGCGCAAGCCCGUCUUCCCUCCCAUCAUGCUUCUCGCCAUUGUGGUCAGCGCCGUGUUGAUGGUCGUCGGCACGCUCGCUGUGUUCUACACGUUCCUCGAGGGAGACACGCGCCGUACGAUGUGUUUCACCACGUUCGUCCUCUUCCAGAUGAUCAACGCCUUCAACUGCCGUUCCGAGGACAAGAGUAUCUUCAAGAUGGGGCUCAGCAACAACAAGUUUUUCUCCCUGGCCGUUGGCGGCUCCCUCCUCUUGCAGUUGGCGGCCAUCUACGUGCCGAUCCUGCAAGGCCUGUUCGACACGGAGAGCCUGUCGCUGAACGACCUGUUCGUGUGCCUGCUGACGGCGUCGAGUGUGCUCGUGCUGGACGAGGCCAGGAAGUACUGGAUGGCCCGGGGCAGGCUCAACAACCCCGGCACCGCCGUGCACGAUCCGUUCGGCCUCUUUGGCACCGGCGGCAAGGUCAGCCUCGGCUAG